UAUUAAACAAAAAUGACUGAAUCAUAUUUGAAAUAACAAAAGUUAGUAACUCAUACUUGGUCUCCAGAUGGCUAAUAUGUUGCCCUUUCUAUUAAGAAUUCAAGCAAUGCAGAUAUUUUUAAAGUUGGUUAAUUAGAGAAGAUUGGAACAUGGUAAAGAGUAGCUACGUUAAAGGAUGCAUCAUAAUAAAUUAAUGUGUUAUCUUGGUCAGCAGAUAACAAGAUAUUAAUAGGAAGUGAUGAUAGAAGCGUAAAUUAUAAGAUGAUGAUAGGUUUUUGUAUAUAGAAAUAAUAAUAAUAUAUGGAGUAAAGAUUUAGUAAUCUUAACAAAUGAGAAAGCCAUUUUAUCAGGAGAAUGGGCUCCUAAUGGAUAAAAGUGUGUUGUAGGCACUGCUUGUCAUAAGGCUUUUAUUUUAUAUUUUGAAGAAAAAAACAAUUGGUGGUAUAAUUGUUAGAUCAAUGGCUUUUAUUCAAGUGUAACUACUUGUAGAUUUCAUCCAAGUGGAAGAGUAGUUGGAUUAGGGUCAACUGAUUAAACAUUUAAAUUAGUUUCAUGUGUAAUUGAAGGAAAUUAAAAUUUUGAGGAUUAAUCAUAUAAUGGUGUAUUUAAAGAUAUUACAUCAUUCGGAGUAAUCCUUGCAAAUAUAGCUUUAAAUGGAUGGGUGAAUUCUAUAGAUUUUACACAAUCAGGUAAUAAAUUCGCAGUUGCUGCUCAUACAGGAUUAAUUAAAUAAUAUAGUUUUAAUGAUGAUGGAACUGUAAUUGCUGAUCCAGAUAAUGAAUCUAAAAAUGUAAAUAGAUAUUUUAUAAUUAGGCUACUUAUAUAAAAGAAGCAAAACCAUUCAAUAAAAUAAUUUAUUUAAAUGAUUAAACUUUGAUAGGAGUAGGAUAUGAUAGAAAGCCAGCCCUUUUGAGUAGCGAACCAUCUAUUAAAUUUACAUCAUUUAUUGAAAAAAGUUUAGCUGCAGAAGGAGAAGUCUCAAAAUCUGGAGGUAUAGCUGCUGCUAAAUAAAUGUUUUCUGGAAAAGGUAAUUAACAACUUUAUUAUUUUAGGAUAGAAAACAGACGAAGGUAAGUUUGGACAUUAAACAGCUAUCACUUGCAUUAACAAAAUUAAUGAUAGUUUAAUAUCUACAAGUGAUGUUAAUGGUGUUAUAAACUUUUGGAGAAUAUGAUAUAAAUAAUAAUACAAUCAUG